AUGCCAGAUGCCAAGAAAGCCACGACGGAGCGUCCUCCGGCACCCGUCACCGACCGACGCCCCAAGCGGGAGAUCCCCGCCGACAUCAUAGACACCAACCCUUUCUCCCUCGACAUGAGCCAAGGUAUAACGCGCGGGGCCAUGCCGCCUUUCACCCUCGGCCGCAGCCCCCUCGCGCCUCGCCACCCCGCCAGGAUCGCCGCGGAGCCGUCGCGAGAUCGGGUUAACCAGAAGCCAGAUCACGUCCCCUUGCGCCCCGCGACGCCGACCCCCUACCGCCGGCCCCGAACCCCCGAACCCCAUCCCGAGUCGCCGCCGUCGGCCUUUCGCACGCCGGAGAGCAGCAGCAGCAGCAGCAGCCGCCGCACUGUCACGCGGCUGCGGGUCGUCGAGAUGGAGACGAGCCCGGCGACGUCGGGGUCGGGGUCGGGAUCGAAGCCUAGCCUCGACACGGAGGGCGACGUGCGGAUGCGCAACGGCGUGUGGGGCAGCCCUGAGGCGGCGCGGCUUCGUCAGCGGGAGGAAGUGCGGGCGAUGGUGACGCAGAGCGUGCACGACAACUUUGAGUUCGAGCGGGCGCGGUUCGCGGACGAGAUCCGGACGCAGCUGCUCGCGACGGUUGCGGAGGAUGUUCGGUGGCUGGUGCGGGAGAACUUCGAGGCGGCGCUGGCCGGGGCGCUGGGGAGGCCCGCGGAGGGGGAGGCGGUCGCGGUGCAGCUUGUGAGGGAGAGGCUGGGGCGGUUGAGCAACGGGGCGCUGGCGCGGGUGUUUUGUACGCCCGAGAUGCUCGAGGUGCUGAGGCGAAUGGUCUGCGCGGUGGACUUGGAGAUGCGGACGGAGGCGUGGAGUCUGGUUGAGGCGGACGAGAGCUGGCAGGGAUGGUGA